CCAAAUGCAGACUGAAACUGGCACCUUUUCUUCCUGUUCAAAAUGGAGGAGGGCUCUCAGAAAACAGAUGAGGAAACUCUGCCAUUAGGAGCUGCCCUCUGUCCAGCCGCAGUCCACUUAUUUCAGCCUCCACGCACCGAGUCAACCCACCAACAGUGACGGGCGGAAAUGUCUUCUUCUUUUUAUGCCUUUUUGGUGCUUUUCCUGUGGAAUUUUCUGUCUGAUUCUCAGGCGUUCGAUUGUAAAGAACAUGUGUGUGAAGACAAUCCCGAAUUCACUCCAUCCACACUGGUGGUGAAAUACGGAAAGCCAGCCUUCGCCACAUGUGAAGCCUGUAAGAAAGGAUGCCAAAUAGGUGCUUUUAAUAUAGAAAGAUCUGAGGGGAUCGUUGUGGAGGACAGUGAGACCAAGCGGACAUGGAGAGUUACCCACAUUACACAGUGGGACAAGGAUCCUUAUUGCUAUAAUAAUUUAAAUGGCACAUUUUGUUGCACCACCCUGGAUGUUACUGUCUACCAGCCUCCACAAGAAGUGUCCAUCGGCUUUGUAAAUCACACAGGGCCCCUGAUGGAGGGCGGCCGUUACACUCUGCAGUGUGCUGUGCAGGACGUCGCUCCGAUCAAGAACCUCGAUGUCACUUUCUACAAAGGACAGAUAUACCUGGGCCAAGGGGAGUCCAAGGGUCAGCGGGAGUCCAAGACAGAUCAGAGGACACCAGUGAAUGAGAGCUUCUUUCUGAGCCUCACUGCCAGUAAAGAGCAUAAUGGAGAGUUCUGGUGUGAGGCCACACUGUUGCUGGGAGCAGAGUUCCCUCCAGUGGAGAAGUCACAAAGACUCACGGCUACAGUUUACUGUGAGUAUGUCAAAAACCAAAUCUAUGGGCCAAAGCUGGACACAUCUGCAAACCAAACCUCAGUGACCGUCAACAAGGGAGAAACUUUACAACUGAAGUGCUCGGCUGUGGGAAACCCUGAGCCCUCAUACACCUGGAUUCUCCCCUCCAGUAACAACAUCAGCCAUGAGAGUGUUUACAUGGUUAAAUCUGUGAGCUCUGAGCAUGAGGGGAAAUAUAUCUGCUGUGUCAGCAACAUCGUGAGAGACGUUCAGAUUACCUUUAAUGUCAAAGAACAUGUGUGUGAAGACAAUCCCGAAUUCACUCCAUCCACACUGGUGGUGAAGUACGGAGACCCAGCCUUCGCCACAUGUGAAGCCUGUAAGAAAGGAUGCCGAUCUGAUGUUUUUGACAUAGAAAAAUCUGAGGGGAUCGUUUUGAAGGACGGUGAGACCAAACUGACAUGGAAUGUUACCCACAUUACACAGUGGGACAAGGAUCCUUAUUGCUUUAAUAAUUUAAAUGGCACAUUUUGUUGCACCACCCUGGAUGUUACUGUCUACCAGCCUCCACAAGAAGUGUCCAUCGGCUUUGUAAGUCACACAGGGCCCCUGAUGGAGGGCGGCCGUUACACUCUGCAGUGUGCUGUGCAGAACGUCGCUCCGAUUAAGAACCUCGUAGUGACCUUCUACAAAGGACAGAUGACCCUGGACCCGCAGCAGUUCCUAACAGAUCAUAGGACACCAGUGAAUAAGAGCUUCUUUCUGAGCCUCACUGCCAAGGAAGAGUUUAACGGAGAGGAGUUCUGGUGUGAGGCCACACUGGAGCUGGGACCCGGCGGACCAAAGCCCCCUCCAGUGGUGAAGUCACAAAGACUCACGGCUACAGUUCACUAUGGACCAAAGCUGGACACAUCUGCAAACCAAACCUCAGUGACCGUCAACGAGGGAGAAACUUUACAACUGAACUGCUCAGCUGUGGGAAACCCUGAGCCCUCAUACACCUGGAUUCUCCCCUUCAGUAACAACAUCAGCCAUGAGAGUGUUUACAUGGUUAAAUCUGUGAGCUCUGAGCAUGAGGGGAAUUACAUCUGCAGUGUCAGCAACAUCGUGAGAGAAGAGAAGAUUACCUUUAAUGUCAAAGUGAACUCCCAUAAAAUCAAUGUAUUAAUUGCAUGUUUGGUUAGCCUGGCAGUUGCCAUCCUCAUCAUCAUCACCUUCUGUGUGGUUUAUCAACGCUUAAAAAACAAACGAACGGGAAACUACAACCUCAAAGACGUUUUCCGUUUUCGCAGCCGACAUUUUUUAGUGCCCGCUGAGUAA